GCGAGGUGGGGGAGGAGGGGGGGUCUCGGCCCUCCUGGAGCUGUCCUGGCCUCAGAAGGUUAUCCCUUCUCUUGCCAAUCCCAGAGACAUAUUUAGAUGGAGCCCUGUGGGGGCCCAGCGGUGCCAGUUUCAGGGACGGCUCCGGUUCCCUCCCCGCCCCCUGCUCCUAUCCCUCCUCCUGACCCUUUCACUCUUGGCUCUGUCGGCACUUUGUCCAGGACCCAGCAGUGUCCUCUGUCCACCGCUCUUGGCCGUUGCCCACCCCCCCCCCACGGUGAGCCCCUCACUCAAGACUCAGGACCCAGGACCCUGCCCAACCCCAGCCACCCUCUUCUGGACCCGGAGAGCCGACCCUGACCCUGCUCCCUGCAUCCGCACCGCAGACGGGAUGGGGGCCAGCGCUGGGCCCGGCCUGCGGCCCGCACUGCUGUUGCUGCUCGUGCUGGGCACACCCAGGCUGGGGGUGCAGGGGGAGGACGGGCUGGAAUUCCCUCAGUACGACGGGGUGGACCGUGUGGUCAAUGUCAACGCAAAGAACUACAAGAACGUGUUCAAGAAGUACGAGGUGCUGGCGCUGCUCUACCACGAGUCCCCCCAGGAUGACAAGGCCUCACAAAGACAGUUCGAGAUGGAAGAGCUGACCCUGGAGUUAGCGGCCCAAGUCCUCGAAGACAAAGGCGUUGGCUUCGGGCUGGUAGACUCUGAGAAGGACGCAGCUGUAGCCAAGAAACUAGGUGAGAGGGGAUGGGGCCCGUCCACCCUGAGGAAGCUGAAGCCUGAGAGUAUGUAUGAGACAUGGGAGGACGACAUGGACGGAAUUCACAUCGUGGCCUUCGCGGAGGAAGCUGAUCCUGACGGCUUCGAGUUCUUGGAGACGCUCAAGGCGGUGGCCCAAGAUAACACUGAAAACCCUGAUCUCAGCAUCAUCUGGAUCGACCCAGACGACUUCCCCCUGCUGGUGCCCUACUGGGAGAAGACGUUUGACAUUGACCUGUCGGCCCCACAGAUAGGCGUGGUCAACGUUACUGACGCGGACAGCGUGUGGAUGGAGAUGGACGACGAGGAGGACCUGCCUUCCGCGGAGGAGCUGGAGGACUGGCUGGAGGACGUCCUGGAGGGUGAGAUCAACACGGAGGACGAUGACGAGGAAGACGACGACGACUAGCCGCUGUGGCCGCCGUCUCCCAGCCCGCCCGCUCUCCUUGUGCUCCCUCCCGCCCCCCCGUUCCUCCCUGGGCUCCUCCAGGGACACUGGGUCAUCCUCGGCCAUAGGGAGGCCAUAUGCUGAGUGCUGAGACCCUGACCUUCGCCCGACGAGGCCAGGACCCACUCCUCAGCCGACUCUCUCCUGUCCUUCAACUGCCCUGUUCCUCCGAUUUGUUUCCUCCAUGCUCUGUAUACUCUUCCCUGCGAUUCUUUUCUCCUCUGGUCCCUCCACCUGCACACACUCUUCCCCACACUCUGAAAUCCUCCCUCCCUCUGGCAGGCCCAUCCCUGGCCAGGAGGAAGGGCCGGUCCUGUGUCUGGGGCUCUCUCUCGGCCAUGUCUCAUUAAUGCAUUUGGGUAAAAUAUCGAGAGGCCUCAAUAAAGGAUCUGGGGCAGCAUGA